AUGGACCCAGUCAGUGCCGCUGCCAGUAUCGUAACGCUUAUCGAAGUCACCGGACACACCAUUGCUCUCAUACGCAAGCUAACAGCCACCCACAAGAAUGCUCGCAAGGAACAGGCAAUGGCUGCGCGGCGACUGUUUGAUCUCUCCAGUCUUCUGGGUCAAAUCGCGGCAUUUCGACAGUCGACGAGCGUGAACGUUGGGGACGACCCGCCGGCCUAUGAAGAUAUAAAUACCGAGAGAAUUCUCGCGGAGAUCGGAGCUGAGAAUGGUACCCUUGCACACUGCAAAGAUGAGGUGCUUGGUCUACGGUCUACUUUGGAGGAGAUGGUUCAGCAAAAGAGGCUUGUGUGGAUCUUCAAGGCUGAGAAAGUCCAAAAACGACUGCAGAGCAUCAAGAUCGAUAUAGACACUCUACAUCAGCUUUUUCAGAAUGACAUGCUAUCAUCCAUAUUGAAAGCGACCUCUCGAAUUGACGAAGUAGCCGACGCUGUCAAUGCACUGUCCAUUCGGUCGGAUACCCGCGAUGUUUUCAAAUGGCUCGAUGCAGCGGGCUCAACCACCAACUACGGACGAGCACGCCAAAGAUACCAACCAGGCACUGGCGACUGGUUCUUGGAGAUGAAGGUUUUCCACGAGUGGAAGUCCACACCUCAACUGAUGUGGCUUUAUGGAAUCUCGGGGUGUGGUAAAACCAUACUCUCGUCUACCAUCAUUGAGCAUUUGAAGACGGAAUACAACAAUCACCCUGAUAUUGCUGUUGUGUAUUUCUUCUUUGAUUUUCAGGAUAGUCGGAAGCAAUCUCCCGAUCGGCUUCUCCGAUCACUGUUGGAACAAUUGGCCGCUGAAAGCGAAGACGCCGUGUGGAGCGUACGGCAGCUGUAUGACAAUUGCGCAAAAGGCCGAGCGCAACCAAGCAGAGAACAGAUGCACAACGCCUGCUCUGAUGCCAUGGGCUCAUUCGAGCAAGUCUUCAUCAUAGUUGACGGGCUAGACGAAUGCAACGCAUUAGAGUAUAGCGAGCUUGGAGUGGCAUUGGAAGAUUUGAUGGCAAAGAGUGAUAACGUGCACCUGAUCGCUUUGAGCCAACCGAUUCAGGCAAUCCAGAACUUCAUGAAAAGAAUAUCGCAGCAAACCAUGGCAAUCAAAGGAAUGGAAGUAAGCCGCGACAUUGAGAUAUAUGUCCGCCAGCGAAUACAAGACUCUGUCGCAAUGUCAUUUCGAUCGUCUGAACAACUGCACGACAUUGCUGAACGACUCUGCAAGGCUUCAGGUGGAAUGUUUCGUUGGGUUCAACUUCAGCUUGACGAGCUAGAACGAUGUGAAAACGAUCGCGAGGUUGAGUCGCAGCUUGAAUCACUCCCCAGUGGCCUCCCGGAAACAUACCAACGAAUACUCACAAAAUUAAAUGAUAAGCAGAAAGGAAAAGCAAUCCACAUUUUGACAUGCCUCGCCAUGGCUAAUAGCUCUCUUCGAAAGUCCGCAAUAGAAAACUCGCUACAGAUCGAGCCGGAUGCAGAUGUUCGCAUUGCACCGAGCUUGAAACCCAAUCCAGGCGUGGUCGCGAAUAUGCUACCAGGCCUGGUCUUAUUCACUCCCAAACUCGACGUUGAGGAGGGUGGGAGCAACGCCCACGGUAAUGAUCCUGAUGGUGAAUUGAGACUUGCCCACAGCUCUGUGAAAGAUUACCUGUUGUCUCCCACAACACGAACGGGCAAAAUGGCAGAUUUCGCAAUUGAUCCACCGCUUGGUCAUCUUUAUAUGGCCAAGCUCUGUGUCGCGUGUCUUCUGAACUUUGGGAAAGACAUGAUUGCUCGACAAGUUCUCCAGGAGACUCCAUUCCUUCCAUAUGCUGGGAAUAAUUUAUCUAUCCACGCAACAGCAGCAAACCAAGCUUCCGAAAGAGGAACUCUGGAUACCUUGAUAGUCAAGUUGCUCGAUGAGAAUCAGCCCGCAUUUAAGAAUUGGUAUCGCGUCUGCAACCCAUUCACCACCCGAGAUUACUGGGAUGGCAACGGCAAACCUACUUACUCGCCUUUACAGCACGCCGUAGCCUGGAAUCUUUGGAGAGUCGCCGGCAUGCUCAUCGAUGCAGGCGCAAAUAAAGACCAGAAAAUCUUCGAUGGCGGCUUUCGAGCAAUACAUUCUACAGUCGAAUUCGGAAGCCUUGAAUGCAUAGACAUGCUGGUCGAACGUGGCGCAGACGUCAAUGGAACGGCUUGGCCUUACAAGACGGCUUUGCACUACGCAUCGCAGGUCCCGCACGACAAUGGCGAAGUAGUCGCCCGACUUAUCAGUCAUGGAGCUAAUAUGAAUGCCCUCGAUCCGUGGAUUGGGACGCCUCUGCAGCAGGCAGCACAUGAAGGAAGGCCACGAAUCACUCAGACGCUACUUGAAAAAGGAGCCAACCCGAACAUUGUAUUCAAGCAUGAUCGUAUAAGCAGCCUCGACUUUGGGACUGCAUUGCAAUGCGCAGCCUACUGGGGUCACCUCAAAGUAGUGGAGGCCUUGUUGAACAAGAGAGCCCUCAUCAACCACCCCUACGGCAAAAUUGGAACUCCGCUUCAUGCAGCAGCAAUCAAUGGAAAAUCUCAAGCCGUCGACCUUCUGCUGACUCGCGGCGCCAAAAUAUCGGAAGAAGCUGGCAUGUGUGGUUCAGUACUGGAAGCCGCAUACUACGGCGGCGACAUGGACACAAUAAGACUCGUCUUGACUCGUCUUGGCGCCGAAGAAAGCGAAGCCGCCAUCGAAGAGAAGAUUGUCGAAGCCUCUGAAAAAUGCCCCGAUCUCUACGAAGCAGCGAGACGGAAUGCGGUAGGCAAGAUCUACCAACUCUUGGACAAUGGGGCCAAGAUCAACGACCGCGUGUUCCUAUCGGGCGACUCGGCGAUUCUCCUGGCGGCAAAGCAGGGGCACUUUGCAGCCGUCGAAGCAUUGAUCAAGAGGGGUGCGGAUCUACAGAGUCGUGAUCGAGGUGGGACGAGAGCAAUUCAUGCUGCCGCAAGGAGAGGGGAUUUGGAGAUGGUGAGGCUGCUACUGGAGCAGGGAGCGGAGGAGGAUAUUAAGGAUGAUGGAGAUAGGUCUGCUCUGGAUGUUGCGGAGGGGCAAGGUCAUAGUCAGGUCGUUGAGUUGCUUAAUAGAUUGCAUAAGGCUGGGAAGGACCUCACACCAGGCUCUCCAGCUCGUCCUCUAGAUUCUUUCACAUCAAUCCACCUUCUCUUGGCCGGGAAUAUGUCUUUCAACUAUGGCACCAAUGACAUCAUCCUCGCACUGAACCUCUGCAAAUACGUGUAUACCACCUUGAAAGACGCACCAGCGGAAUAUCGAGAAUGUCAAAGCGAGCUCAAGUCCGUCGCGAUUGCGAUCGGCUCUUUGAAGGAGCAUGCGGAGGACCCUUCGUCCAUAGUCAAUCGCAAAGGUGCCUCUCGCAUAGAGGACCUCGCAAACAUUGUAGAAAACUGUCAGAACCCAGUACGACAGUUGCAGACACUAGUCAGCAAUCACAGCAGCAUUGUCGAUUCGGGCAAUGGGCAAAUGAUGAGGGUGUGGCACAAAUUCAAAUUUGGCCUGGCAGACCUCGAAUCGAUUCGCGACAAGCUGAACUUCCAUCUCCUGACCAUCAACGCAUUCUUGACCAGCUUACAAGCCUUUCGGAUGAAAUCCAUGGAAAGGAAACUUGACAAGAUCUAUGCGCAGCUGAUCACCGACGCGGCAGCCGGUGCGCGCGAUAUGCAGCAUUCUCUUGCAUCCAUCGCAUCAACUCGCUCAAGCCUGAUCCUCUUCGACGUCGAAAGACAAGGCGAUGAUGCCUGGCUGGGGUUGAAAGAAGCCUUAAUCGCCGAAGACAUCUCGAUGUUGCAGAUCGACGCGCAUCGCAGCGAAAUCUUCCAAUACGUCAAGUCCCUCCUCACGAACGACGCAUCCCUCGAGGCGGCGGUCGCACUUCACCAACUUCCUCCCCCACCACCACCACCGCAGCACAGUCUUUCUUUCCCCGGCUUCGACAGCGAAACCCUCGUGGACCACGACGUCGACAUGGCCGACGUCUACGGGCACUUCAAUGGCUUAGGCAUCUUCGGCACGAACCUCGUCGCCGGUACUACUACUGACGCGAUGAUGACCCCACCGCCAUCGCUCAGCGAACAACCUACACCAAGUCUAUCGUCCACGCCGGGCACGACUCCCGAUCUAGGCACGCCGCGCUCUUCGUUCUCGAAAACGUCGAGUCGCACAUCUCGCAGCUCGUCGAUCUACCUGAACCCUUUCUCCUCGGCUUUUUCGAAGGCGGCGAAAACACCCUCGAGUGAGCGGCGCAAGUCUUCUUCUAUCUUCUCGACGGCGGCGGCGGCGGCGGCGAAAUCACCCCGCCCGGAGCCGAAAGCGACGGAUUCUUCAGAUGGUGGGAAGGCGAAGAAGGUCAAACCACCGCGGCAUUUAUCGUCGGUGUAUGGGAAUCCGUUUGGAGGGGCGUUCUAG